AUCCGUUCGGUCCGUCUAAUUCUACCGCGCUUCUUGCUCCUCGGCUUUCCACCCGGCCUCUCCGUCAGUUUCCAGCGCCACUUUCCUCCCAGCAGCUCGCACCUAACCGUGCAUCUCCGGCUACAGGCUGGUACACGGUCUGUAGCCUGAGCAUAUGUUAGGUACUAGCAUUGCUCCAUAUUCAUUCCGCCAUCCAUGGACAACGCCAGCUUUGCAGCAUCUCCCGCCGCACCUCCCGCCGCAUCUUCCGCCGCAUCUUCCGCCGCAAUUGCCGCCAGUCUGAACCAGCCCGUAGAAAGCGCGCUGUACCUCUGGGGGUUUAAUCUCCGCGGGCAGACCAGCCACCGCGCGGGGCUGCGGGGGGAUCCGCGCACGUGGCGCUGCCAGCGCGCGCCGCUGCGCAUAGCGGGGGAGAAGUUCCGCGCGCGGGACGGGCGGCCCGUCGCGCUCGCCAGCGUGGCGUGCGGGCUGGAGCACAGCGCGGCGGUGGGGAUCGAUGGAAGCCUGUUUACAUGGGGGUCGAACGAGUAUGGGCAGCUGGGAGACGGCACUGAGCAGAGCAGAAGGGAACCCGUGAGAGUAGCAGCGCUGGCAGAAGCAGGGGAGGAGGUGACUGCAGUGGCGUGUGGCGCGCAGUGCACUGCCGCCAUCACCAGGCGGAGGGGGGAGGGGCGGGGGAGGGGGAGGGGGACGGGGAAGAGGGGAGGGGACGAGGUGGAGAAGGGGGGGAAUGGGGAGGAGGAUGCGGAGGAGGGGCGACUGUGGGUGUGGGGUCAGAACCAGAAUUCCAACCUCCCUCGCCUCAUGCGAGGAGCCUUCCCUCCCAAAACGGUGGUUGUUCAGGUGUCUUGUGGCGAUUCCCACGCUGCUGCUGUUUCCAAAACCGGCUUACUGCAGACAUGGGGCUACAACGAGCAUGGGCAGCUGGGGAUCGGCAGGGCGUGCGACGGGCUACAGAAGCCACACCUGGUGACCUCCUUCCAGCGAUUCUUAGAUGAUCCGCCCUUGGCCUGCCCUGAUGAGAUCCGCACUGUUGCGGUAGCGUGUGGCGGGUUCCACACCGCUGCUGUUGAUGAUAAAGGGGAGAUGUGAGUGGUAUGGGGGGUGUGAGUCAGAGAUGCGCUUUAAGGGCUGUG